CUCUGUUUCCGCCAUGUGCUCACGGCUCAUUGCUGCAAGCCAAUCUUAUCGCGCUUGUUAUUUUCCAAGGGCAUUGUGGGAGGGUUAUGUAAAAGAAAGAUGGCAGCUGCCUGUGGUGGAGCACUUGGACGGAUCGGCUUGCAGUUUCUCCGGACCCGCGGCGGUAUCGCCGGUCCUGUUCCGCUGCAAGGAGCGGGGAGGUCGUAUGGAACCGGGGGCGGUUCGGGGUCCCGAUCCAAAUGGUUUUGGACUCUCCCGGGUCGGAGAUUUAGCGGCAGGGUGUUGGGAUGUGCGUUCCUGCUCGGUGGAGGAGGACUGGGAUUGUACCACACAGUUAAAUUCUGUUUCCACAAUCAAUUUGCGCAACAAAUGACACCGCAGUCUGACACGGGUGACCUGCGGCUGACCUUGUACCAGUAUAAGACCUGCCCUUUCUGCAGCAAGGUCCGAGCCUUCCUCGACUACCAUGGGCUGCCCUAUGACAUCGUGGAAGUCAACCCAGUCAUGCGGAAAGAAAUCCAGUUCUCCCAGUACAGGAAAGUGCCCAUCCUGCUGGCGGACGACGGCGAAACAUUGCAGCUGAAUGACUCAUCUGUGAUUAGCAGCGCGAUCAAGACAUACAUGAUAUCGAAGGAUAAAAACCUGAAGCAGAUUCUCUCGUACUACCCUGAGAUGAAGUACAAGGACGAGAAAGGGAAGGAGGUGACUGAAUACAGCAACAAGUACUGGGUGAUGCUGGGGGAGCAGGAGGUGGAAGAGCACUACCCUUCCAAAGAGUCCAUGACGGAGGAGGUUAAGUGGCGUCGCUGGGUGGAUGACUGGCUGGUUCACCUCAUCUCCCCCAACGUGUACCGCACCCCGACCGAAGCGCUGGCCUCCUUCGACUACAUCGUCCGCGAGGGCAAGUUCGGCUCCUUCGAGGGCUUCUGCGCCAAGUACCUGGGCGCGGCCGCCAUGUUCAUCAUCAGCAAGAGGCUCAAGAGCAGACACGAGCUGCAGAGCGACGUCAGGCAGGACCUGUACAAGGCCGUGAACGACUGGGUCACAGCCAUCGGCAAGAAGAGGCAGUUCAUGGGAGGCACUCGACCCAACCUCGCCGACCUGGCGGUGUAUGGGGUGCUGCGUGUGAUGGAGGGACUGCAGGCCUUCGAUGACAUGAUGGCCCACACCAGCGUGCAGCCCUGGUACGAGCGCAUGGAGAGAGCGACCAAGCAGCACCAGGGGAAGCACUAGUGACCCGACCCGAGGCUUACAGAACAGAGGAGGGCAUGAAACAGGCGCCAGAAUCACCUCUGUGUUCCACACCUGGAGCACUGGGAGAUGCAAUGGCUACACCUUCACCCAUUCCAGGUUUUACUUCGAGCUUGGUUAGUCACGUUGUAUAGGUAACAAGCACAGACGAGUCUUAUUAAACUCUCAUAGUAAAACAUGGAGUGGAUCCAGCUGCUAUGCAGUCUCCUAACAUCCUCUGUUCUAGAAACCUGGCUGCCCCCUCAUCCAUCUCCCAAACAGAACCCUGGAUUCUCAUUAUCUUCCUGAAGACCCCAGCCUUAGAUUUGGUGUGGGUCAAGAUCCUUUCUCUUGUUUUCUGGCAAACUUAAGACCAUGCCAGACCCUACAAUGAAGGACACAAACUGUUCACAGUAUCGAUUGUGUAUUAUUGGUAAUCCUACAGUUUCAGUAGUAAUUUGCACGGGACAUGUUUUAAGAAUGGUAAAGAUUAAAUUAUAAGAUGCAGUGUGUCUGCCAUCCUGUAGGGGGAGCUGUUGGACCGAUACUGCAUUGUUCUCUUUUCUAAACUGUAGGGAUUGUAAUACUGUGAUAUAUUGAGAGUGAUCAUAUGCAGAGAGUCUCUAAUGAAGAACAUUUCAGAUUUUUUUUUUUUUUUUUGUCUGUAAAUGUAUACAGGCUUGUUCUCCCUGACAAUGUGCAGCAGCUCCUCAAUAUACAGGAACCUAUUCCAGGAUCUUCAGACUAACAGGACUCCGCGCUGCCCUCCGCUACCUCAGUCGUUUCUGUUACACACCAUGGUUAUCCAUGUAGAAGCGAUCAUAGUGUAGUUCUGAGCUUCAGGGGUUCAAAGAGAAACUGAGAAGUUUUAACAGCGAAACAGUCCUGGUCUUGAAAAGGCACGUGUGUAUAUUUGAAUAACUUAUUGAGCUGAAGAGAGCAUUUUUUUUUUUUUUGUACUGGCUUCAAAUGUUUAAUCGGAUUUUCGUAGCUUAUAAUGAGGAACCCAUGCAGAACAUUAAGGAGUGUAUACAGAAAACGUAGGUGUGCGCAAGUCCUCCGAGAUUUAUAGCUAUCGUUAGUUAAUUAACGAGGUUUGAUCUAGGAUCCCCUGGGAUUACACCAACAGCCUGUUUUUAAAGGUAUUCCCGGGAUAACCGUGGCGAUGGGGGUUUCGUCCACUGCUGUGAAAUGCUGUAAGAAAAUCCAGCUGUGGCUGAUCAGGGCAGCCCUUUAGACCUGGAAGCAGGUCAUGUUGUCUGUCAAUGAAGUUUAAUAACGGUACAGGUGGACCUAACUACUGUGCAAGUGGAAAUUGCACACCCCUGUAAUAACGAACUCCUCGUGGUCAGAGAAAAGUGUAUGCUGCUGGAAGUCAAUAUCUAAAUCCUUGAUUAAAAAUCCAGCUAAGGAACCUUUAGAAGCGUAUUGCCCCCUCAGCCAGACUGCCUUGUUUAUACGUGUGGAUAGAUUUCCUGGAGCAGUGAUCAUGUUCAGGGGACCGGGGGUGGGUGAUCUGUAUUUGUAAGUCUUCCUCGGGGGGGUGAAAUAUCGCGUUUAUUUAAAAGCACUUAAUUGUUAAUAUUCUGCAAUCUAUAAAUACUGUAAAGUGACUUUCUAAAAAAAAAAAAUGUUGCAGCGCUGGCUGUGUAAGGAUGCUAGGAGCAGACCCUGAAUAAAGAUGAAUAAAGUCUA